GGGGGGGGGGGGCGCGCGCGGGAGUGAAACUCCCCGAGGAGGCGGAGGCGACGCGCAGACUCGGAGCCGGUGAGGUCACAGAAGGCUGCGGCACUGCCUGUAUGUGAGCGGAGGCGACAGGGCGACUCCCGGGAGCCAAGCGGGGAGAGCAGAGCAGAGCGCGAGCGGCCCGCGUGUCGGGGACGUUAGGGUUUGAUUUUUUGAACCGGACAAAGGCGGAUUCCAGGGACAAAGGGCAGUUGGGAGGGAGGGGGUUGAGGGAGGGGGCGCGAGAGAGCGCGCGAGAGAGAGAGAGAGCGCGCGAGAGAGAGAGAGAGCGCGCGUGCGCGCUGCUGGGUAACGGACGGACGGCCGAGAGCGACAGCCAUGGAGCAUCAUCAUCUGCAGCAUCAGCAACAGGCCUGCAGCCGCUACCAAGUGUUGCACAAUGAGGAUGAUCCUCCACAAUCCUCUACCACAUUGGAGCAAAAUCUUCCCUCCGAGUCUUCCCAGCCACCACCACCUGAAAUUGAUGCACCACCACCACCUUAUUGCAGUCUUACAGGAGCAGCUGCAGGAGCCACAGGAAUAGACUUCCAGAGUGACCUUAUGCCUGUGCCACCCCCGUACAGUGUAGCCACUUCUCUACCAACAUACGAUGAAGCCGAAAAAGCUAAAGCUGCAGCAGUAGCAGCUGGGAUCGCAGAUGCUACACAAAGAGAAGAAGAAUUUCCACCAAGGGAUGACUUCAAUGAUGCUGACCAAUUGAGAGUUGGCAAUGAUGGCAUCUUUAUGCUGGCAUUUUUCAUGGCAUUCCUCUUUAACUGGAUUGGCUUUUGUUUGUCCUUCUGCCUCACCAAUACCAUAGCAGGUCGCUAUGGUGCAAUUUGUGGGUUUGGAUUAUCGUUGAUAAAAUGGAUCCUGAUCGUACGGUUUUCUGACUACUUCACUGGCUAUUUCAAUGGUCAAUAUUGGCUGUGGUGGAUAUUCCUCGUUCUUGGGCUUCUGCUGUUCUUCAGAGGUUUCAUCAACUAUCUGAAGGUCAGAAAUAUGUCUGAGAAUAUGGCAGCGGCACACAGGACCAGACUGCUCUUCUUGUACUAAAGGCUGUGGCUAAUGAACAACUCGAACAUUCCUUCCUAAUGUGAAUAUUGUGCUUCUGGCUGCCAAGUUAAUUUGGAUGUGAAACUACUGAAGAAUUGCAUAAUUACAAGGUGUUAACACAAAAUCCAUAAAAAUAAUGAGCUUCAAGAUGCAUUACUAAACAGUUGAUUUUCUGAAUUCCUACAUGUUUGGAACUUCUCUUUAAAAUUUAAAGGAAGAGGUGAAUAUUCACUCAGAGAUCCCUAAAUAGGAAAAUCUCUAUAAAUUACUAUUGAAGAAAUGCAUCCAUUUACCCAUAAUCAUCGACAGAAAUAUUUCUCUUAAAAUUCAAAACUGGAUAUCAAGAAUGCUUUACCACCUUGCUAUGAUCAGUUGAUUAACAAUGGUAAUUAAUAUGUUUGAUCUAUCUCUUGAUUUAUUUAUGUAAAAAAUGUAAAGGCAGAUUGUCUUCCUAAAGUGAUAUCUGAAGAACAAAAUUCAGUUUACUGGAAUUGGAUCCAUAUUAUAUCUUGAUAUGUCUUCUAAAACAAUUCAGUACAAAAGAUACUUGUACUUUUUCUUUGGUUUUAAGCUUAUGAAAGCGCUUUACUGGUUUAUCCAAAAUAUGCACUUUUUACAGUGUAUCGCAUGAAAUGAAACCGCAGUUAACACAACCAUUGCUACUUUUUGGGUCAAAUGUAUCAAAUUGCUUAAUAAAAGUAACUGGAAUUUGGUUGUGGUAUCUGUAGGUUGUAAAUGUUUAUAAUUGCUCUACACCUAUUAUUAAAAAAUACUUUUGGCUGUUUUUCUUUCUUGAUUUUAAAAUCAAUAAUCUUUUCCCUUGAAUGAGGAGCUUAAAAAGGAUUGUUUGAUUCAGUUUGCUUUUUUAAAGAAUUUUAUUUUUUUGAUGCUUGUUGAACAGAAACAUUAGAGUUAAUAAAGCAAAGUUGAUGUGUGCUAAUGAUCAAUGUCAACAGAUUUCUGCCUUUGCUAAACAUGCAAAACCAAAAUCAUUCACUGGCACAUUUUUGAAGAUAAAUAAAUACUGAUUCAGUAAUUCAGUUUUACUUUGUUUUGUGACAGACUAGAAUUUGCUUGUUUCUGAAUUGAAAUAAAAUACAUUUGGAAAACA